CGGGCUUUUCUUAAUCGUGGCGUUUCGUAAUUUGUUUGCGCUCACUAGCCAUUUAAAGGUCACCAUGAACUUUCAUUUUCUUAAAGUAACAUCUGUGACACUUUAAGAAGAAUGGGAUUUUCCCUACCGACCGAAAAUUAGGAGAUUCGGCACCAGUUUCGCGAAAAUUAGUGAUGUAUUCCUGGAAUAUGUAACGAAUUCGCAGCAGAGGCCAACUUGAACCAGAAGCGAAUACUGUGAGAGCUGCUGACAAACAUGACUGAGAAUAGCGAGAAUAAAAGUGAACGGCCACAGCAAAGAAGACAUCCUCAACUGCUUCGCCAGAUGGAACAGGAUGAAAUUACCUUUGUACAACCUAGCACUAGUGAAAAGGAAUAUAGCAGUAGCUGGAAGACUCCAGAACAGCAUGGUCACGACAGUCAUUCAGUGGGAACAAAUCGUUAUGAAACAGAACAUGCUACAAGUGAUAAACCCACAUGUUCUUCAUCCAUGGAAAGUGAUAAACAGCAGCAACAGCAACAACAACAACCCCCACACAUUAACCGUCAUCAUCUUCCACCAACACAGGAUAGUCGAACUAGCAGUAGCACUGGAAGUGGAGCAACAGGCGGUACAAGUGGAGGAAGUCAAAGCAGUGGAAGUAAACAAGGCAGUGGAAGUGGCAGUGGCAGUGGGAGUAGUGGUAAGCCUAGAUUAGGUGGUUCAGGUGGACUUAGUCGUGGUACACGAUGUAGUAGUAGUGCUUCAUCGUCAACUGAAGAGACUGAGGCGCGUGAAAAACGCUUCGGUAGUGUAGAUCUACACCCUUUGCCUAGUGUUGCACUAACAGCUAUGAUGAAUCAAGCCAUGCGACGUAGCCUGUAUACUGAGUCAUCUAUUCAAAAUACGGAACAAAUUCAAUAUGCUACAUUACUGGCAGCGCAUAAAAGCUACGCAGAUUCUUCUGGUCAAAUUGAUGUACAGCUAAAUACAGCAUCUGUGCCGCAAUCGAAAAAUGAUCUAGUCAGUCUGCUAUCACAAACAGCAACCCGUAAUAAUUCAAAUUCUCCAGAAUCAUCUCUUUCUAAUACUACUGGUCAGGUGGAUACACCUCAGUUUAAUCAGAAUGUUCUGCUGCAAUUAUUCCCGCCUAACUUAUUGUCAAGAUUAAUUUGCCCUGUUCAUGCGGAUUCUUUACUCGCCCAACUGUCUCAAACUCUUUCAAUGCGAAAUAAUAAUAAUAAUGUGACAAAAAAUGAACAGAUUGCUGGAAAUAUGACAUCUAUACGGACAGUGGGCGAUGAUAGUGGUGAUAUCAAUGCCAGCAGUAUGAGACAGUCAACAAACACACCAACGCCUACAACAAUACCAACUACAACGACUACAACUCCUACUACUCCAACUACUGCGUUAUCAGCGACCGGUAUCAUCAGUAGUAUGCCACCGGUGCAAUAUCCAGCUAGCAUGACAGAGUCAAAUGCUGCAACUGCUAAUAUGAUCAAUAGUACUGGCAACAAUAAUCAAUCCACUGGUCCUCAGCGUAUUGGUCCAUAUUAUCUUGGUCCUACACUUGGUCGGGGUAAUUUUGCUGUUGUCAAAUUAGGAAAGCAUUCUCAGUUAGCUGUGAAGGUUGCCAUUAAAAUUAUGAAUAAAGAUUUAAUAGGUUCUAAAAAUCUCGGGAAAGUUUCACGGGAAUUAGAAGCUAUGAAACGUUGUCAACAUCCUCAUAUCAUUCGAUUAUAUCAUGUUAUGGAAACAGAAUCAAAUAUAUUCAUGGUUACAGAAUAUGCUAGUAAAGGUGAAGUAUUUGAUCAUAUCAGCUUGUCGCAUGCAUUCACUGAGAAAGAAGCUAGAGAAUUAUUCUGGCAAAUUGUCUGUGCUAUCGAAUUCUGUCAUAAUUCUGGUAUUGUACAUCGAGAUUUAAAAGCUGAGAACUUGCUGUUAGAUUCUGAUUUUAAAAUUAAAGUUGCUGAUUUUGGAUUUUGUAAUUUUUUUCAAAAUGAUCAACUGUUAUCUACUCAUUGUGGUAGUCCUCAGUAUGCUGCACCAGAAUUAUUUAAAGGUGAACCAUAUGAUGGAACGUUGGCUGAUGUUUGGAGUUUAGGUGUUAUCCUCUACAUUCUUGUGUGUGGUUCAUUCCCAUUCCCCGGUGAAUCACUUGGCGAUAUUCGUACUCAAGUACUUCGUGGUCUUGUACGCUUUCCGUUUUAUCUAUCAACUGCUUGUGAACAAGUAAUCCGUUGUAUGUUACAAGUGGAUCCUAUUCGUAGAUUUAAAUUGAAACAGGUUAUGACAACAGCAUGGAUGUUGGAAUCACCGAAUGUGGAACACUACAAAUCACUAAUGAAUAAGUAUCAAAUUCAUGCUAAAGAACGUCAAUUUGACAUUCUGUUUCAUCAUCAGCAUCCUGAGCAUAGUAAAAUUGCUAAAGAAGAAUAUUUGGAAAGGAUAGAACGCAAGUUAGAUAUUGGUAUUAUCAAGGCAUUGUCAAGUGAAGCUGGUUUGGAUGAAGAACAGAUUCGUCAGUCCACUAUUCAACGAAAAUAUGAUCGACAUCAUGCUGCCUAUGAAUUGCUAAAGGAUAAAAUUAAAUUCUUCUAUCAUAAUCCAAUACUACGACGUUUUGUUAAUGAUGAAUUACAAAAAGAGGUGAACAAACCGUGUACAACAACACAAAGACAAAAUCAAAAUCUGUCAUGGCAAUCAACUUCUAGUGUUAUUUCUGGAAGUCGAUCACGUGGUGAACAGAUGGCGUCGAGCACACCAUCGACACAGUUAGCCACAGUACCUGAUGUCUUAGAUGAAACAAUGUCAGAAGGACAAAUGCCCUCGACUGAUAUACAUAUGUCUAGUGAUUCUAGUGAUAUAUCAGAUGUUCAAAUGAAGGAUAAUUCAUCGGUGCCUGAUGCCAGCAUUGAAAGCACUCCUAAUGCUACCAGUAUUAUCCCUACAAAUACUGAUACCACUGCUGCCUUAUUGUCAUCAAGCUCUAGUAUCCCUGGAAACGCAUAUGUUAAGGAUGAUAAACAAAAUGAUGGAAAUGUCAGUGUGAAAAAACAGAAAGAAGGCAGUCUAAAGGAGUGGAAAAGUGCUUCACAGCCCAAGAAUACAGAGUUGAACGCUGCAAUACACGUCCUAAAGGCUGAUGAAGAUGAAAUUCUCUCACACUUUGGCAUAGAUCCAAGUCCAAUGACUAAAUCAUCAUUUUCAAAUUCAACUCGACGACAUACACUCCAAUUCGCUACAUCUCUGUUUCAUAAACCGUCUCAUCAUCGUGAUAAUGCAGACAGUAUAAUGACAGCAAAUAAUGGCGAGGAUGAUGACGAUGAUGACGGUGAUGAUAAUGAUGUUGAUGGUGACAAAGAUGGUGAUGGUAGCCGACAACCUGUACAGCCGAGUACAGCUUCAGCUACUACAGAUACCACCAACUCCCGGGGAAUGUCAGAUCCAGCAGCUAAUAGAGUGCAUGAACAAAGUGAUGUUGACAAUAAGAAUAAGAAUAAGAAUCAGGUGAAUACGCCAACUGAGGGUAACAGUACAAAACGGUCUACAGUACGUCGUUUCCCGCGUCAAAUAACACAACCACAUCCAAAUAGAUUACAGUAUAAUCAAAAUAAUGCUGAAAAUUCUGAUCAAAUGUUACGCAAUCGUUUAGAUUGGAUGCCAAAUACUUGGGAGACAACUCAAUCAGAAUUUAAAAAACCUCUUAUGAUUCAAUCACAAAGACCAUAUUUAAAUAAGAUAAGUAAACAAAAUGAUCAAACGUUGACAUCACUUGAACUUGGACAAGAGGCGGCUACAACUAGAAUGCCAGCGAUGGAAAGCACUACAGCGUCAACAACAUCACAGCCACCUGUAGGCGAAACCCAAGAUGGCAGUGUUACUCGUCGAAAUGAUCUACCCAUUCUAAUUGAUCCAAUGAAACAGACAACAGAAUCGGAAACUAUGCAAAUAGUAGAAAAUCUGCCAGUGGAUUAUAAUAUGAAUAUACCUUUGAACACCUUGAAUAUAUCUUCGUCAAAAUCAGAAUAUCCAAAAAAUCCAAUUGAAUGUUCAUAUAUGCCCACAUCAAGAAGUCAACUAGUCCCGUCACAGUUAACCAAUCUACAAAGCAAUCCACGCGAUGCACUAUUGGAUCGUAUUCCAGAACAGAUUUCAGUUGAUAUGAAUAUUGAUCCUAAUAAAACAAUAAUAACAGCUACAACAACAGAUAAUACAGCGCAUAUUCCGAUUGAAAAAUCUUCAAUGUUAGAAGAGCCCUGUUGGUCUGCUGCACACGAUGAAGAUGAAGAUGAAAAUGCAUGUGAUCCUGCAGCUGGUGUAUUGCGUACACUACUUCCCCAGCUUAAUCUACCGGCUAAUUUACCAGCUAUGAUUCAUCAACCUGUUGCAUGUUUCACUGUUAAAGAUCCAAAUUUGUUAGCACCACCGGAAUUUAUGACUCCGCACAGUUCUAGCUUUCCUCGAAGAUCAUCUGAUGGUGCAGCUGAUUUACAACCACUCCAUCGACCUGUUAUCACUGUUGGUGGUAGUUAUCCUGAACAAGCGAAUUAUCGUAAAGAGAGUUCUGGUGCCGAAAGUGAAAACUCCUCUUUAGCUGUAAUCAAUCCUGUACGUGCAUCUAGACCCGAAUCAACAGAAGCAGCAUCACCGUCUGUAAAUCUGCCUAAUCUAUCCGAUUGGGUGAGAACAUCUCGACCAAUGUAUGAUAAGAUACCCUCCAGUGAUUAUGAUCCUUUAAAGCCGUCAGUAUCAUCAUCAUCAUCAUCAUCCUCGUCAGCAUUUACACCAGUGGCAACAACAACACCAACAACACCAGGCCAACAAACACAUGAAUCACGUUCACGAUCAUUAGCUGCUCAACAGCGGUCUUUAUUCACUGCCCUCCAUUCGCAUAGAAGACGUCUCCCUCUGGGUUUAUGGUGGAAACUUACACAUAAAAAAUUUAAUCAAACUGGUGAAGAGUUUAGAAAUGAGUUGUGGAAAGCUCAGUUUAUUCGACAUCAGAAACGCUUUAGUUUACCAGUGAAUUGUGGACCGGUGAGACGACCUUCAGACACCGUGAAAACAGAGCUACAGUGUAGAUGUCAUCAACCGUUAACUCCAGAGUUAUUACAAGAAAUUCAACGAAAAUUACGCGACACCUCAUGGAUACAAAAACUGAACAAUACAGAAAGCGCAGAAGUCAAGUGUUCAACUAUUUCUACCAGUACUGCUGAAAAUGUGCCAGAGAUAUAUCGUCGUGGAAGUGAAGCUAGUCAGUUGACAGCCUGGGAACAACGAUUAAGACAAUAUAGUGACCUGUAUAAUCCUGGAACGCAUACCCCAAUCACAUCCACAUUUCAUCAACCUGUUCCUCAAAUAGAAACGGAUGAUGAUGUUGAUGAAGAAGGCAAGCUGAAUUCACUCUACCCGUACUUCUCCUCUCAAUACACAGAUGAAAUGCUUAUCACGAGUGCGGAACGUGGAGAUAUGAAUCUUCCAGCUAAUACAAUAGCUGAACCAAUCACAGUAACAACGGCUAAUACCAGUCCUAAACAACAUGUUCAAUACAACACACAAUUUCUAUUGGAUUCUGUUAGGGAGGAUAAUUCUCUUCUUCCUGGUUGGAAUGAAUCACCCUAUGAACCUCAUAUGACUAAUACUGCAAAUGUUUCACCUAUUAGUCAGUCAGGAAUUGAAUUGACCGAUUUGAAAACUGAACUUCAUAAGCUUGAAGUAGAAAGCAAUACAAUCCAGUCAACUCUUCCCAGUGUCCGACUUCAAUCGUCUACAGACUCAUCAAAGUCUAUAGAUGAUUAUGGAAUUCAUAAAUUGAAUGCAUCAACCAACUUACCAAAAUUUCUACUACCCACGGCAACAUCUAACAUUCCAUCAUUUUUAUCCGAUCAAGCCAUUAAUUUACAACAGUCUACCCUACCGAUAAAGCAUGCACAUGUACUAAAUGAACAAUCACCAUCGACUUCAUCCUCUGUAUAUUGGUCUCAUCGUGCUUUUGAAAAUAACAAUAAUAAUGCUAACAGUGUGCAUCGACGAGCUUCAUCUGUAGUCGGUGCACCGAUAGAAUCAAAUUAUUUACUGCCUGAUAGAGAUAUGCUUGAAAAACCAGAGGAUACAAUUCGUAGGCAUAGACAUUCUGUUGGAGAGACAUUCGAUGAUAAAAUGUCCAGCUUUGACUAUGAAUACUGUUCAAAUAUACAUCCGAGUGUAUUCAAUGUUAGUUCAGAAUUUCAAUCGUCUACUAUACCCAGAGACGUUAACUUGAAUUCAGAAAUGAUUAAUAUCUCACUUCAUGACAGAAUGAGCAUAAAGUCAUUAUCCUCCUUUUCAACGGCUACAUCACCUGGUAAUAACAGUAAUAGUAAUAGUGGUAAUAAUAAUAACACAGGGAUUGGACAACGUCUUUUCGAUCGUCUACAUCCUGAACGUACAAAUUAUCUGCACAUGUUACAACAUCCUGGUGGAUCAUUAGAUCGUCGUUUAAAUCCUGACUUUCUUAGAAGUCCAAGACGAAAGAUUUAUCAAGAAUGGUUACCCAAAUUAACUGAACUCUCUCGGAAAGCAUUCGAUGCAGCUAAAGACAGAAUGAAUAAAGUCAAACCGACAAAUACACCUCAAUCAUUAGUUCGUAAUUUUGUACAUUCUGACAUACUUUAUCCAUCGACAACAAGUAGCUGUUACAACACAACCAGUAAAACAGAUUCCCUGCGCAAUGACGCUAACUGUUCUAUGAGUAGUGAUACAAUCAAUAUACCCUUCCCAUCCCCAUCAUUAUCACAGACCGAACCUAUGAAAGAAGAUCAACAACAUAUUCCUACUGAUCACAAAGAUGUUAUUGAAUCUGUAGAUAUUGAUCCUGAAUCAAAUAUUAUUGAUCAAGAUGUUGAUGAAGAAGAUGAUGAUGAGAAAGACUGUGCACUGGCUCCACUGCAAACUCAUAUGCUCAGUACAAAUGUCCAAUCAAUGCAUUAUUCAUCACGACCAAGGCAUAGAGCCAUCAAUCAAGGCGUUGGACAGAAUUUAACCUAUCCACAACAAGUCAUGCCAUUCUUUCAUGGAAAUCUAUUGAAUCAAACCAGUCUACAACAAUACCAACACCACCACCAACAACAACAUCAAGCUACCUGCCUAAAUCAGUUACCAUCGACAAGUAAUCCAAUCGCUGGGGGGUAUGCAUUUCAAGAUUUAGUGGAUUUCUCUAACCCGCAAGCGUUACCAGCUGCAGCUGCUGCAGCUUCCCUACUGCUCUUUCGAUCCACUGAUGACGACGAUGAUUUAGCCGCUAUUGAUCGAGUGAAUCAACGUAUCGCCUUGGGCCGACUGACUGGUAAUUUUUCAGAUACUGCUACACUGUUGGGAAGUAAUGAAUAUCCAAACCUGAUUGGUGGAACACUUCCACCUCCGCCAACAAUACAACUACCACAACAACACCAUCAAGAGCAAAUGCAGUCGCUAAGAUCGUUGCCUAUCUCACAGCCGAUCCUUCAAACACCUUUAUCAAAUCCUACAAUGAUGAAUAGGAUGAAUGUACUGAACAGAAGAAACAAUCUGCCAUAUCAACAACAGCAGCAGCAACAACAACAAGAGCACCUCAAUCAACAAUCGUCUGGGAUCAUUCCGCAUCAUCAAGAAACUCUUACAGAGCGUAAUGAAGGCACUGGUGAACCUGCUGUUUCACAAACAUCACCAUCCAGUGUGUAUAGUAAUCUACCGAGUUCUUCUUAAAAGUCAGUCACUGCAUAAUUUUUAUUCCAUGUGUAUAUUAUUAUUACUCCGACUUUCUGGGCAUUUAUUGUUUUUUCUGAAUCAGUCAAUAAUGUUUUCUAGCUUUUCCCUAUUUGCCAGUGAACGCUAGUCAAAACAUUUCAGUGAUGUGAUGAAUUAACACUGUUAAUGGUGUUAUCUUGUGUUUUGUUUUAUUGUGUUUUUUAACGUUUGAUUGGUACUCAGAUUUUUGUCUGUCUGCUGUUUUCCUUUUUCACUGCUGAUUAUCGUAUCAUGUCAUUAUUAUCGUUGCCAUUUACUAUUGCUAGUCAUCAUAAUCGUCGCAUUAUCAUCCUCGUCAUCACCGUGAUCAUUAUGGCUGUUCGACAAAUUGUAUUUUCAUUGCCUACCUACUUUUUAUUGCCUUCUACUGUAAUUUCCUUUAUUUUCCAUUGGGAUUAUUUAAUGUAUACUUGUAUUUUUUUUGGACUGCAUUUCUGUGUAUUUAUAUUUUCCGUAGAUAUAUAUGUGUGUGUAUGUGUGAUCAUAAAGCUUUUUAUCAUUGAUUUUGUUUGUUUGAUUUGGGUUUUUUUCUUCAAAACAAAACAAAUAGUGUUUGAAUAGUGUUCAUUCUGCUUGCAAUUUUUACUCUCAUCUACUUACUGCCACCAUGUGUUUUAU